AUGAACGUGCCCCUCGUCUGUGACUACGGCUCAGGCUUCAGCAAGGUGGGCUUCUCGGGCACAGAGGCCCCCCGAGCCGUGUUCCCCACCAUCCUCGGGAAACUUCGACACGACAAUUUGUUGGUGGGGAUGGAAGAGGAAGACUGGUUCAUCGGAGACGAGGCUCAGAAAAGGCGAGGGGAGCUUAACCUGCAGUAUCCUGUCGCCCGGGCGACCAUCACUAACUGGGACGACAUGGAGAAGAUCUGGCAUCACUCCUUCUACCAGGUGCUCUGCGUUGCCCCCGAGCAGCAUCCUCUGAUGGUGACUGAGCCACCCUCAAACCCGAUGUCCAGCAAGGAGAAGAUGUCACAGAUCCUGUUUGAGACCUUCAACGUGCCCGCCCUGCACUUAGCCAACCAAGGAGUCCUUUCUCUCUACGCCUCGGGCCAGACCUCUGGAACAACUAUUGAAUCUGGAGAAGGAAUGACAUACUUUGUGCCUAUCAUUGAUGGCUGUCCUCUGCAUCAGUCGACCAUCCAGAUGGACAUAGCGGGCCAAGACCUAACAUUGUACCUCUUGCAACUAUUGACAGACAGUGGGCACUCGCUGGUGAGCAGAGGUGACUGGGAGUACAUCCGGGACAUAAAAGAAAAAUGCUGCUACGUGGCUUCGGACUUCAAGAAGGAAAAAGUGAAAGCCAGAUCUCCUUCCUACGCACGGAAGUUUCAGCUGCCCGACGGCCAGGAGAUCACCCUGGGGUCGGAGAAGUUCCUCUGCCCCGAAGGGCUUUUCCAGGCAGACCUCAUGGGGAGAAACAGCCUGGGCAUCCACAUGAAGGCCUUCCAGAGUGUCAGCUCCUGCAGCCCUGCCCUCUGGAAGAUUCUCUUCGGCCACAUGGUUCUGUCUGGCGGCACCGGCUGCUGUCCCGGCCUGUGCUUCCGGCUGCAGAGGGAAAUAGCCACCCUGGUGUCCCCCACCAUCAGCGUGAAGGUGUCCAGCUGCCCCUCUUCCAUACACAGCGCCUGGCUGGGCGGCUCCAUCCUGUGCUCGCUGUCCACCUUCAAGGACAUGUGGGUCACCAGCAAGGAGUACAAGGACAUUGGUGCCUCUAUCGUCAGGAGGAGAACCUUCUAA